GUCCACUCAGCUAACUACUCACAGGAAGUGAAGUCUGCAUUCCUUGAAGCAGUUUUCAACAGAGGGAAUCUGUCAUCUCCAACUGUCAGUGAUGGAGACUUCCUGCUAUGGCUCAGAGAACGACUGAGCCCUCUCCUGACCAACCUCUCUUCCAGCCUGGUGACACCCUUAUUCAGCAUCGGGAUAAAAAGGAGUUGUAACAGCAGCCAAGAGAUGUUUGCAUUGCUGGACACAUUGACCACAACACUCAGCAGCAGCACCCAAAGCGAGAUCUACAAAAACAUCAUUGUCUUCCUUCAAGGUCCACCACCACUCAAGUGUUACGGUGGUGGAAGCUUCUAUGUCUAUCUGAGGAACACUUUCCUCAGCUUUGAUUUUCCAGAUUUGUCCACGUUUGUGUCACUCCUGCCACAAAUGCGCAAAUCAGAGCUUCUGGAUACCAUCAGCACCUCAGAGCUCGGCCAGUUCCUUAGUCAGCCCAAUGUGAUUGGUAACAGUACUGACAUCUGUGUCAUCUUCAACAACUACAACAACACUUCUGCCUUCCUUGAGACUGAGGAUGUUCAAGACAAUGUAAAGAAGGUGAUCCUCCCCUGUAUUUGGCCUUCUGCGCUGAAUAGCAGGAGCAGAGCUGAGGCUAAUUUAUGGUUUGACCUACGACUGAGGAACUAUCUUAGAUUCCUCAGCAAGAGCCUCAUCAGCCCCGACGAAGUGCAGAACGCCUCAUGUUUUGCCUUCCAGAAACUGGUCUAUGUGAUGGGAAACAACUUCACAUACAACAGCUCUGAGUUUGGACAUCAGGACGUUUAUACCACCAUCAAGACCUACUUGAGUGAUGGUUCUGGAGCCAGAUGCUACAAUGCCAGUGAUGCAGAACUGAACUCUACUGCCUGGUUUGUCAGUAACAUCGGGAACUUUGUGACAUUUAUCACUCUGGAUGACCUCACCACCUUUGUCUCCACCGCUCAGUUUCAAGUGUUCUUGAAGAACCAAGCCAACCUGGAACUCUUCAACAAUAACGCAAUCCCAGCAAAUGUAACCAACUACUAUGUCACACAGCUUUUUGCAUUCGAUCCGAACUUCAAGCCGGUCAAUCUCCCAGGCUUCUUCCUGUGCUCUUCUGCGGUGCCACCUUUGGCAUAUACUACUAUGACUGAAGCUGAAACCAUGGUUAUCUUAGACAAUCUGAAGACUUUCUGCAAUGGCACCCAGGACCCUGAGGUUUCUGCUGCUUUGGCAUCCAACAUCAAGACAAUUACACCAGAGAUAUUUACAGCUCUUGGAAGCUCCAGCGCAGGUCUGAGUAACAGCCAGAUCAGUUCAGUUCCCUCAUCAGUGCUCACCUCUUCUUUGUCCACCCUGGGCUCAGUCAGUACCUGGAGCCAAGAUCAGGCCUCAAUAAUCCUCCAAACCCUUACUGCCUCAGGCUUCCAGAUCAACAGCGAAGCCUCCCUGGCAUCCCUUGGCACGCUUGUUAUUGGACUUCCUUCAGAAGCAAUAGAAAGCACCAGCGCUUCUGAGCUACUCAGCGUCUCAAAGAGCAACACCUUCGUUUCCAACAUGCUGGCAGCCCCAAGUGUUGUCCAAACAACCUUCGUCAAAAAGAUCAUUUCUCUGGACACAAAUCCAUCACAAGUGGUGCUGAAUGUGCCAGAUGCUAUGGCAGCUGAGAUCCCACCAUCCCUGUUGGUGUUUUCUGACCAAUCUGCAGACAUCCCCGUGCUCAACAGAAAAACCUGGACACCAGAUCAGGCUGCCAUCUUUUUUGAGGUCCUUGACAACACAAACUUUGACAUUGAGCAGCUUUCUCCCUCAGUGCUGCAAGGCUUCACUUGCACUUCUGCCCCGAAAAUGACACAAUUCAGGACCAAGGAGCUAAUCAGAGCCGCUAGGCCCCGGUCAGGCCGAGCCAAAGUGCAGUUAAAGGAAUCCCAGCUAACCUGCAUGCUCAACUUGCUGAGUGGAGAAAUCUCACAAAACUUCACAGAUUAUCCAUCAGACAUGCUUCUCUACUUAAGCAGCAAAAAUGUUAACAAAGGCAACUGCAGGUCAUACUUUUCUGCACUGGGUGCGGCAGACUUCUCUGUGGCCUCCAAAAUCUUGAAUAAGGGCUCGGAGCUGUUCCGUGAAGCCACUGAAUGCUUGGGUAUAAAUGGCUUGAGCCUGAGCAGAGAGAAUAUGGAGAUCUUGGGGAACAUGGCUUGCACUCUGGAUGGGUCUUACAUACAGAACGCAGAUCCUCUCAUCCUGGAGAAACUCAAAUCCUGCAAUGACUUCUCUGCCAGCCAGGUGGCAGCCAUGGAGACAUUGCUGCUGUCUGGAACAACACAAUAUGGAAAUGCCGCUUCCUGGAACAAGCAAACACUGGAGAACCUCGUACCCCUUCCACUCUACUUCACAAGAAAUAUCUGGAACCGGUUUGAUUCUAAAACAAAGAGAAUGUUCCUGAAGACCUUCAUGCCCAAACUGAGGAAAGCAAACACAGAGAAAAGCAAGCUCAAGAGGCUGUUCCAAGCGACGAGAGGCCGGAUAACAAGACGAGGAGCAGGUUGCACCACGGGCAACAUCACCCAGGUGAUAGUUAGCGACUCCGCCUUCCCCUUUGACUAUGAUCUCACGCAGUUUGACCUCUGCCUGGAUGUUCCCGUUCUGAAAGAAAACCUCAACUCCAUCUGCAACAAAGUGGAUGAUAAUGGUUUCCAGACUGUCAUCCUAAAGAAACUCAAUGAGGCAUUCCCAUCAGGGGUUCCUGAUCAGGAUGUCCAGUUGCUUGGAUCAGUGUCUCGUGUGGCAUCACUUGACGAUAUAUCCAAGUGGAACAUAACCAAAAUUGACACCCUUGCAGCUCUAAUGAAAGCUGAAGAUGGGCCCUGGGAGGCAGCAAAGAGCAACAAAAUCAUCACUCAGUAUCUGAGCACUUCUGGAAACUCCCUGGGCAGCACUGAGCUGACCAUUAUUAACUCCAACCUGUGCUCACUAAACCCCAGUACACUGCAGACCAUCAGCCCAGACAGCAUCAGAAAUGCCAGCCCUCUGAAAGUGUCAUCAUGUUCAGCUGAGCAGAAGAAAGUCCUGUAUGGCAUCAGUACCACUUCCUUCAGCUCACAACGGUCCAGCUCCAGUAUCAUUUACCAGCUGAUUAAGCCCUAUCUAGGUGGAGCACCUCUGCAGGAUAUAGUAGCACUGUCAACACAAAACAUCAGCAUGGACAUAAGCACUUUCAGCAGUCUGGACCCUGCUGUUAUAGCUAAUUUGACUGUGAGCAACGUUAAAGGCCUCGUGGGUUCGCAUCUACCUGAUCUGAAGCUGUUUGAGAAUGAGACUGUAGUUCAGACCUGGAUCAACCGGCAGCUGCAGUCAGAGCUGGACACACUGAAUGUGGGUCUGAUCAGCAACAGAAUCAGCCCAACUCCAGGCUCCAACAGCACCACCCCUGCACCAAGCUCCAACAGCACCACCACUGCACCAGGAUCCAACAGCACCACCCCUGCACCA